GCCCAUGGAUGUAUAAUAAGAACGGUGCAGCCGCUCAUCAACAACAACAAUAGAACCGGAAUCAGAACCUAACGGGACUCCGUAGUUUCCAGAGACCCAGAGAUGCACCGACUCCUGCUCGUGUUUGUCGCCGCCUCCGGAGCGUCUGUCCUCGGCCUCCCUGUGGAGGAUGUGUCCCCCCCCUCUGAUCCCUGCCUCGCCCCGCUGCAGUGGGAGGGCCGCUGGGUGAGUUUCGACCACAGCACCGGGAGAAACAGCCGGUCCUCGGUGUCCUACGACGGCCUGAAGCAGAGGGUCCGCGUCCUGCAGCAAAACAAGAAGCACACACCCUGCCAGAGGUUCUUUGAGUACAUCUUCCUGUACCAGAGCGGGGUGAUGUUCCAGAUCGACCAGAAGACGAAGGACUGCUCAAAGAUCGCUCUGACGGACGCAUUCGAUCCCUUCGACAUCCCCAAAAACUCCACCUUCGAGGACCAGUACCUCAUCGGGGGUCCCGGGGACAGCGUGGAGGUCCAGGAGUGGUCCGAUAGGAAGCCUGCGCGCCAACAUGAGACCUGGGUGGGGGUCUACACCCUGAAGGACUGCUACCCGGUGCAGGAGACCUACGUCAGGAACAGCAGCGUCACCACCUCCACCCGCUUCUUCAACCUGCAGCUGGGCAUCAGUGACCCCGACGUCUUCACCCCGCCCUCCACCUGUCAAUCAGCCCGGCCCCAGAGGAUGUCCGACUCCUCCUGCUCAGCAAACCCUCUCCUCUUGGUUUAGAAACCUUCGGGGUGACUUCGGUGUUUUUCAACCCUGUUUAAUCAGGUUUCAGUGAAAAGGUAAUAAGGGGGGAGGGUGUUUCUCGGGGGUUAAAAUGGGCGUCCACCAAUCGAUGGAUCAGUGCUUUGAUCCCCAGUCUCUGUAAUCAACAUGUCCAAGUGUCCUUAAGCAAGAUACUUAACCCUUAAUAGGUCCUGCAUGUCUGCUGUAUAAAAGUGCACCUAAGUCACUCUGCAUAAAAGCUAAAAUGACUUAAAAUAUAACCCUUCAUCAAUGUCCAUCCACUAAAGCAGAGGUGGGAGAAGUACUCAGAUCUUGUACUUGAGUAAAAGUAGAAGUACUCAGAUCUUGUACUUCAGUAAAAGUAGAAG